UUGUUCCAAUGAUGUCAAGCAAAGUCCAAAAGGUACAAACCAGUGAUAAUAAUAGGCCGUCCUCAUUCCUUCGCAUAGCGCCGACAACCCAUUGAAUGCAUGGCUGAAUCAGCCAAAGCAGGUCGGUCACCGGCUAACUACCAUGAUCAGUCAGAUGGUAGGCUGUCCCAAGGUCUGCUUACUCACCUCUGGGCUAAGCGGUCGAAAAUAAAGGCCGAGGAACAAGUUUUGUAAUGAUAUAUAAGUGCUCUUCUGGGUGAAGUUUCGGUUGUCGAUAAGAGCGAAGGCCUUGCUUGACUCCCACUGAUUUAUAUACUCAUAACCUCAAACUUAUUACUCCCACCAACGCACCGCACAAACGCCAUGUCAUUCAAGACCAUCAUCGUAUUCGGAUCCACCGGUAAGCAAGGAAGUGCAACGGUUAAAGCUCUCAACGCUAUCGGAGGCUAUAACAUCAUCGCGGCUACUCGAGACACUGAAAGCGACAGGGCCAAAGCUCUUGCUCAAACUCCCAACGUUAGAGUGGUUAAAGGCGAGGUUGGGGACCAUGCUCAUCUCUUCAAAGACUCUGUCCAUGGUAUCUUUUUCUUCUUGGUCGGUUUCGACAUUGAGGCAUCCAUCGAACGAGCCAAGGGCAUGCUUGACACUGCCGUUUCCAAGGGCGUACAACACGUCAUUUUCUCGGGCGUAGAUUUCUGUGGUCAUCGAGAGAAGGGUAUUAGGCAUCCAUUCCUUGACGCUAAGAAGCCAAUUGAAGACUAUCUUAUGACUCUUCCUCUCCAAUGGACAAUUAUUCGCCCUACAGCCAUCAUGGAGAACCUCUAUAUGCCGAUUUACAAGGAUAUCAUCACCACCACCUGGGUUGAGACCAUUCACUACAAAUGGAUUGCCUCAGAGGACAUUGGUAAGAUUACCGCUGAGAUUUUCGAGCACCCUGAAAAGUUCUCUGGGAAGGCUUUGAAUAUUGCUGGGGAUUCUAUGACUCCUGGUGAACAUGUCAGGAUGUGGAAGGAAGUGACUGGUGAAACUCUCAAUGCUACCGAACCGCCCAAUUUCCCCCCUGGUUUGGACAGUGCUAUGAAGUUUUUCGAUGUGAACGAGUCUGACGCAGACAUAGAAGAGAACCGGAAGAAUUUCCCUUGGUUGAUGGAUUUGGAGACUUGGUUGAAGCAAUCAUCUUUUGCUUCUCAGUAAUUGUCUGAUCUAGCAGUACUUGAAGAAGUAAUUAAUGUACCUAAAAGAUGUCUUAUUGUUCAUACUCGUCCGAACCCUGCUUACUGUGCGCCAAACUUCAUGGAGAAUAAUAU